CUGAAGAACUGGUCCAGGGGGUCUUUCCAGCCAUGCCGGACACCUGUGAACAUCCACUUCGGGCCGGUGGGCCGGUGACUUUGAAUGUCGGCGGGAAAUUCUACAGCACAACUUUUGAGACCCUGACCCGUUUCCCAGACUCCAUGCUGGGGGCCAUGUUUCGUGGCCCCCACCCGGCCCUAACUGACAGCAGGGGAAAUUAUUUCAUUGACCGUGAUGGCAAGACCUUCCGCCACAUCCUUAAUUUCCUCCGCUUUGGUCGGCUGGACCUGCCCGAGGGCUACGCGGAACUCUCCCUCUUGCGUGGGGAGGCUGACUUCUACCAGAUCCGCCCGCUUCUGGAGGAGCUGCGCCGCGUGGAGGCUGAGCGCCGCCGUCAGAGGGCCAACGCGGUGCUUCACGCCGACGUGGACUUCCGUGAGCGGUUGCUGCACUUCAACGUGCGCCGUGGGCCUCAGAAUUACGAACUCUGCACGUGCUCCCUUCGCAUCUUCACGGCAAACGUCUUCUGCACUGACCCCUAUUUCCUCACCGUGUUGCGAAGACGCUUGGACCAACCGGAUCGCACCGACGGAGAGCUCGAAGAAGGGCGUUCUGGGGGGUGGGGUGACCAGUCCACAGAGUCACAGUGCUUCCUCGGCCGGUUGGACAACUCAGACACCACGAUGAGAGAAUCUCGAAAUGGCUUGAAUUGGGAUUCCGUCAAUGCCAAUAGAGAAUCUAGAAGCUGGGAAAGGCCCGGGGAUGGGUUCAGGACAAACGGCAAACUGAGAAUUUGCCCGUACGAUUCCGCCGACGAAGAUGCCGAAAUGGCCAAUGAGGCGUGGGAUGAUUCUUCGGGACUUUCCCACAUGGGCGCCAAAGCCUGCCAUCACCUCUGCCUGGAGUGGGCCUUCUGCCCCCCAGACCUCCCUGCCACAGAGUAUGCGAAGCAGAAACUGUGUUCCCUGCAGGUGGCGGGGAGGGAGAUCCGGACCGCCAGUGAAUUCCUGGAAGAGGUGCUGAAGCUGGCGCUGGCCCAGGGCUUCCGCGUGGAUUCGGUCUUUCCGGACCCAGCGGAUAUUCUCAGUGCCCAUUCUUUGCGAUUCGUCCGGCACUGAAUGUUUCAGCCGA